CGACACACCAAUGGUGGAUGCAUAAGUUAUAUUUACUAUGGGCACUAGAAAUCAAGUCCUACUCCCAGCUAAUUUUCAUUUUGUGUUGCAAAACUUGCAACGGAUAACUUUUAUCAAACUAGUAGCAAAUAUUUAUCUUGCAUUAAACCAAUUACAAGAAUUUAUAGCAACGAGUUUUAGUUUACCAAGAAGUGGUUUUAGACAUAAAGUCCUAAGACCAAGAACCAAAACAUAUACAAUUUACUCAUGUCGGCAAGAUUCAGAUUUUUAUCUUGAGAGAUUUUUCAUCUAUAGCUUUCAAGCCUACCAUAAUGGAGCUACUAACGAACACGUACUUUUCUAGUAUUUUUAUAAGAAUUUGUAGAACACAAACAAACCAAACGUGACCAAUCAUGGCGUUAACCAGCACAUUUUAAGUCAUGAUUAGAUGUAUGUGUAUAUACUCAAACUUAUUAGUGUGUGUACAUAUCUGUUUUGCAGCGCAGAGAUCUCUCUUUUAUGUUGUGCAUUUUCACAUUUUUCUUUCUUAAACUUUUGAAAAAGCUCCCAGCCAACAAAAAUGGUGCAUAUUCUUACUUUACCACCACCACCACCGCCUCCGCCAUCAUUUAGAUCGAUUCCUCCUCAACGGCAUUCCUUCAAAAAAAGGAGCAAAAAUCCACCACCAUCACCACCACCACAACCAUCAUUUGGAUCGAUUCCUCGUAGAAGACGGUAUUUCUUCAAAAAAAAAAGCAAAAAUCCACCACCAGCACCACCGCCACCGCCAUCAUUUGGACCGAGUCUUCCUUGGCUCAAGAGACGAAAAAUCAAUCCAACAUUGCCGUCUUUCAUCAACAAGGACAUGUCUCUGAUCCAAAAAGACAUGUUGACCUGGUACUUGCUCACCCUUGUGAUGCGCCAAAAACUCCAAACCCGAAACCAGCAACCUGAAGAGACACGAGAAGAAUGGGUGAUUUCGAUUAAAGACAAGAUGGAACAAACACUCAGAGAGGAUGCCACAACUAGCUGGGAAAGGCUAUGCAUCUAUAGAGUUCCACAAUACCUUCAAGAGAACGACAACAAGUCCUACUUCCCUCAGACCGUCUCGCUUGGCCCCUACCACCAUGGCAAGGACCAUCUCCUGCCUAUGGAUCGUCACAAGUGGCGGGCAAUCAAUAUGAUAAUGGCACGCACCAAGCAAGGCAUCGAAAUGUAUCUUGAUGCCAUGAAAGAGCUCGAGGAGAGGGCUCGUGCUUGCUACGAAGGUCCCAUUGGUUUGAGUAGUAACAAGUUCACAGAAAUGUUGGUUCUUGACGGUUGUUUUGUUCUCGAACUCUUCAGGGGAGCUGAUAAAGGAUUCUCGGAACUCGGAUACGAUCGUAACGAUCCGGUUUUCGCAAUGCGAGGAUCCAUGCAUUCAAUUCAACGCGACAUGGUUAUGCUAGAAAAUCAACUUCCUCUAUUUGUUCUCAACCGGUUAUUAGAGCUACAGCUUGGUCCACAAAACCAAACCGGUUUAGUGGCGCAGUUAGCUAUUCGGUUCUUCGACCCACUAAUGCCAACAAACCAACCAUUGACCAAAACCAACACGUCAAAUCUGGGAGAAGAUAAAUUCUUUAACCCAAUAGCAGACAAGGACCAGGACGAGUUGCACUGUCUGGAUGUUUUCCGAAGAAGCCUCCUUCGACCUAGUACAAAGCCAGAGCCAAGAUUGUCACGGAGGAGAUGGUCAUGGAAAACACGUGUGGCCGAUAAGCGUCAACAACAACUGAUACAUUGUGUGACGGAAUUAAGAGAGGCUGGUAUUAAAUUCAAGAUAAGAAAAACCGACCGGUUUUGGGAUAUAAGAUUCAAAAAUGGUUAUCUAGAGAUACCCAAACUACUUAUCCAUGACGGUACCAAAUCUCUCUUUUCGAAUCUUAUAGCUUUCGAACAAUGCCAUAUCGACUCGAGCAAUGACAUUACAUCCUACAUAAUAUUCAUGGAUAAUUUAAUAGAUUCUCCACAAGAUGUUAGCUAUUUGCAUUACUGUGGUAUUAUCGAGCAUUGGCUAGGAAGUGAUCUUGAGGUUGCGGAUAUGUUUAACCGGCUAUGUCAAGAAGUGGCUUUCGACCCUCAAAAUAGCUAUCUGUCUCAAUUGUCGAACAAGGUUGACCGUAACUAUAGCCGAAAGUGGAAUGUUAUGAAGGCGGUCUUGAAACACAAGUACUUCAAUAAUCCUUGGGCGUAUUUUUCUUUCUUUGCUGCUCUUGUCCUCCUAGUUCUCACGUUGUUUCAGAGUUUUUUUAGUGCUUAUCCAUAUUUUAAUCCACAUUCUUAAUUUUCACCAUUGUUCCAUAGUUUAUUUCAUUCAAUAAAUUUGGAAUGUUUGUACUAUCUCUUUAUUUUUUGCCGAACAUUGUGUAUUUUUCUUCACAGUAUACUUUUAUCGUAUUGCAAAAAGUUAACUAAAAGAUCAGACUUCACAGUCUAUUGAGGCCAUAUAUUAUGUUAAGUUCUGUGAAUGUUAUUCAUAUGAUUCUCCUACAUUCAAAGUUAAUAAAAACUACAAGACUUGGUCGUAAUUCGUAAACCAGCAUAAAAGUGUGUAGCAGCUAUUUGACGGGAUACGUUUUCAGACUAUCGGACCAUUCAUGCUCGUUAGCAUUCUCCAAACCGGAUUACAAGAACUUAUUAUAAAUAAAAUCAUAUCAUAUUCAUAUAAGAGUUUGACUAACAAAAUAAACAAAUAAAACGUGUCCCGACCAACAGAUUUCAGCGUUUGUUAAAGCAAACAUCAUUUAUAUGGAAAAUGGUGAUGUCGUGCCAUGUUCCUCAUUAGCUGUGUAAUGAGCAUGUUCCGUUAUGCCUUCAUCAUCAUAGAAGAAAAAUAUCACAGUGCAUAAGAAAACACGCCUAAACAUCAAUAACCGUAAUGAAUUGUGAACUGGAAUUCGACAACUUUACAUUUUUACCAAAAAAAAAAAAAAAACUGGAAUUCGACAAUUAUAGAAACCUAAAAGACCUACAUAAUAGUUUUAAUUUUAUGAUUUUAUAUCUUUAAAAUUUCCCUGAUUUGACAAAAUAACUUAUCUAGUGAGUAGUAGAUUGGCCAAUUAUAAAAUGCCUUCUGAGAAUUUAUUGUCGGAAAUACUUUUAGGAUAUCUCCAAUCAAAAGCUAAGAGCAUCAGCAUCGUUGAAAUAUCUUUAUCACAGUUAUUCAUGCAUUUAUAAUGAUAGUUUAACACAAUACAUUUAUCUGAUUAAAUUUUAAUAACUAAAAAUAGUUACAAUAAUAAAGAAAAAGACAUCUGUAGAACUAAUCUUUUCCCGUGUGUGCAACAAUUCUCUAGAAUAUAUGUUUCUUGUUUUUUCUUUAAUUUCUCUCAUAAUUUAUUAUAUUUUAUUAUUAUUUUUGCCAAAACUGUAUAUAGAGACCACCACUAAUAAUGUUUUAAAAGCAUCCCUAUUAGUGAAUCUCCUCUUGGGGUUUAAAUUUAUAAUAUUUUAUUAUUAAAUUUUUUGUUUAAUUAAAAAAAAAUCGAAUCAAUUGCGGGCCACUACGUGUCGUGGAGCCCGUGAAACAGUGAUAAACCCGUCAGAUACAGGUUCAUUGGAAAGAGCUGGAGAGAGACAGGUUCAUCACUGUUUAUUAUUUUAAUAUUUUUUUUUUUAGAAUUUUUGUGAACUCCCCAUAAGUUCACUAAUGGGAUGUUCUAAAGCACCGGCAAGGAUGUUGUAUUUUAUGAAUCUCUCACUUAGAAAACUAAUAAAAAUAAUAGAAAAUGGGAGAGAAAGAGAAUAAAAAGGGAGGAUAAAGGGACUGCCUUAUAAUUUGAAGAGACUGAGAAAGUAUGUGUCUGUAUUAUGUUGAUACACUUCUAUUUUCAGCUUUAAAUUUUUAAUCAUGUAAUUCAUUUGUUUUGAAAAACUAAUAUAAUAAUAACAAGGGGCCAUGCUUGAGAAACUAAACACUAAGAGCAUGAUUAAUGCAUGGGUUUAGGGGUGUGCUAAGGGGUAGACUCCACCACAAAAGGAGAAAAAAC